CUAAAUUCAAAAGUCAUGACGAACUGGGUGUGAAGUCACUGCAUCAAGUCGCUCGAUGGUCAGUCGGCAACUUGUACAAUUUGUUACACUGUUUUACAAACUCAUGGAAAUACAUUAACAGAACAUUUGAGAAAUGUCCAUUGCCUGUCUCCGCCGAACGAAAGCGACCAUCCCGGAUGUUCUGUAUCGCAGGAUGAGAACUCGUUCGAAAACAUGGUCGACCUCUCGACGGAGAUUCAACAAGUAUUCUAUCUUUCGCAGAUCCCUCGCGAAUGCGAGAAACCCGAAUCAAAGAAAGCACCGAGCGAGGAGCGCAAAGAACAGAUCAAACGAGCGCUUCAUCUUUUCAAGAGCUCUCGCGAAUACGAGAAGCUGAAAUCGAAGAGAACACCGAGCGAGGAGCGCAAAGAGCAAAUCACUCAAGCUCUGGCGAAAAUGACCGCACUUUGUCGACUGCCGCACAAUUUUCCCUCGUCCGUUGGUUUCAAGAGAUUUAUGAAUAUAGUCGAGCCUGAAUAUGGCUGUCCGUCCAGCUACACCGUAGUAAAGCGGCUUCAAAGGGCCGAGGACGAAGUGAAGUGCAAAGUGCAGCAGCAACUGGAGACUUGUGAGUUCGUCGCGCUGGACACCGAUUGUUGGAUAUCCCCACCCCAGGAUAACCACGUAAAUAUAAAUGUUCACGUGAUCAACGAGGAAUGGGCGCCACAAACGUUGAACCUGUGUACUGAGGAAUUCAGAAGGAUACACACCGUCGAGAAUCUCGCUGACGGUUUGGAAGUCGUGGCGAUGCAGUGGGAUCUGUACGGCAAAGUUUCCUGCAUCGUCAGCGGCAACGCUGAGAACAUGCUGAGGGCUGUCAACUUCAGCGUCGAGUUCACCGUCACGUGUGCCGCGCACAGCAUUUCACCUGGCUGUGCAGAACGCCUUGGACAGGAAGGUGCAGAAGGUGCUCAAGAAGGGGAGGAAAAUUGUCUUACACUUCCAGGACUCCGUUGUCGCUUCGAACGCUCUUGAGAGCAGGAGCGCUCAGGUCUGCCG